AUGAAUCACCACCUGCCUGCGAUGCCCCACGGGCAACCGCCCAUGCCUCCGUCCCGGCGACAACAAGACUUCUCUUACCACCCAGGCCCUCCAAACAUGCGCUCCCCGCCGUACAUGGGGGGUUGCCCGCCGCACAUGAAUGGGAUGAAUGGGAUCAAUAAUAUGAAUGGAAUGAAUGGCAUGAGUUCAAUGAAUGGAAUGAAUGGUCAUAUGCCUCCUGGAUAUGCGCCACAGCAAUUCCAGCCUUGGUAUCCACCAUAUGGCCAAGCACAACCUCAUCCACGUCCAUUUCACCCACCAUAUGGGCCAAUGAUGGCAGCUACUAUGUACCCGCCAUCUCACCAUGGGGUAGCCCCGAAUCACAUCCCGCCGCAGUCUUUACCCAUGCAGCCUCGAACAGUCACUCCGCUACAGUCAAUAUUAUCUCCAUCUAUCCCACCACCUUUCGAACCGGAGAUGCAGGACCAUCCUGUCCCACCACCGUCAGCACCUCAGCACUAUCCCAUCGCGUCCACCUCGCCUCAGUGGGAUCCUAAGAUUGUACUGGAGCCCAAACCACCCUUUGUUGCACCAGUCCCUUGGUUAUCGGUUCCUGAAGAGCUUUUCCCUGCCAGGUCUACAUCCCGCCGCCGAAGGCUUCGUCCCUUGCUGAAGUCUGUGGAGUUCCCUAAAAAAGAUGGAAUCUGUAUAAUCGGAGCGAGCAAGGACGCAUUAGAGCCCGUUGAAGAGCCCAAACCAACCGAUCUAUCAACUCAAUUGAUCUCUGAACCCCAAACACCAACCACCUCAGUCCCACAGUCAGUUGCAAACUCGACACAACCUACGACUCCUUCCUCCACGGCCAAAUCUCAAGUACAGACACAACUGAAGGCCACGAAGCCUGCCAUUCCCGUCGUCCCAGCUGUGCCGAAUACACCACGUCGGCAGACUAAAGAUAAUAAUAGCUCCACCCCGGAAACACCAAAACAGGCUGCAGCCGCUCCAGCAGAAACGGAUCCAGAGUCUGUAAACGCUGACGCAGAAGCAACCAAAUCUUCCUCCCCUGUUCGUACUGCCCCCAAGUCAUGGGCAGAACUUCUUCGAUCCAAACAAGCGGCAAAGUUGGCCAGUGCUGUGUCUUCGGUUGAACCAACCGCUGUGGCUCCGCAGCAUAGUGAGACUCUUGCUAGUGUUCUGAGCAACUUGGGUGAAGAUGUCACGCAAUAUAGUGAUAAAAUCGCUUUCCUUGAGCCUCGAGGACUGGUCAACACAGGAAAUAUGUGCUAUAUGAACUCAGUAUUGCAGAUCCUAGUCUCCUGUGUGCCUUUCCACCAAUUCCUUGACUAUGUUGGCCAGAAAGCUGUGCACAGCUUCCAGAGUGACGUGCCUUUGAUCGACGCUAUGAUUAUGUUUAUGCGAGAAUUCCGUGUCAUUGAUGCUGCAACUUCCGAAGACCAGCUGAGGAUGCGCUUAAAACCCAAUGAGCUAGAACAGUAUGGUGAUUCUUUUGUUCCCGAGUUCGUUUAUGAAAUGAUUCGGCAAUUGCCUCGCUUUAGAGAUAUGCGACGCGGUCAUCAGCAGGAUGCUCAGGAAUUCUUGGGCUUUCUUCUCGAGGAGCUGCAUGAGGAAUGUGACCGAGCCGCGCAAAAGGCCGCUGAAGCAAAGAAUGCUGAAGCUGCUGUGGACGGUGCCUCCGGCGAUGGAUGGUUAGAGGUUGGACACAAGCAGAAAGCAGCCGUCACUCAGUCAUCCGGUGCUAUAACAACAGAGUCACCUGUUACAAAGAUUUUCGGAGGUAAACUGAGAUCUGAGUUCAAGGUACCGGGCAACAAGACUUCUGUUACAAUGGAACCUUAUCAACCCCUGCAACUUGAUAUCGGGUCCCCCGAAGUCCAUAACAUUAUUGAUGCUCUCAAGGGCCUCACAAAGCCUGAAAGCAUUCAAGGUGACUUUAACUCAUCGCGGGGACCCAACGUCACUGCAACUAAGCAAAUCUUCAUUGAGACCCUACCUCCUGUCCUCAUCCUCCACCUCAAACGUUUCCAGUACGAUAGCCUAACUGGAGCAACCCAGAAGAUCUGGAAAAAGGUUGGAUAUCCGCUUGAUUUAGAGAUUCCUCGGGAAGUUUUCCCUGCACACCGACGUAAUGCUUUGACUGCUUCCGGGGGCCUUCCUCAAUACCGCUUGAUGGGUGUCAUUUAUCACCAUGGAAAGAACGCCAGUGGAGGACAUUAUACCGUUGAUGUGAGACGUCAAGAUGGUCGUGAGUGGAUUCGCAUGGACGAUACACUUAUCCGGCGUGUUCGCAGUGAGGACGUGGCUGAAGCCGGUGGAGAGGAAGACCCCAAGGUACUCGCUGCUGCACUUGAACAGCAUAAACGAGACAACAAGAACCCCCGUGGCAAUAUUUUCGACCACAUUGACCAAGACGAAAUUGAUUCUGUGGACAGUGAUAAAGGUUGGAGCCAGGUUAAUGGAAGUGGAUCCAGUGGCCAUGCAGCCAAAAAGUCAGUCAAUGGCAUUACACCAUCUCCAGGAAACUCGUCCGGAGUACGCACACCUAUGGGAAGAUACGGUGCCCGCGACAACCGCGUCGCCUACCUACUUUUCUACCAGCGCAUGGAUUGA